AUGCCCACCAACGGCGCCUCGCCAUGCAAACUUCGCGUCGCUAUUAUAGGUAGCGGAAUCGCUGGCCUCUCUGCUGCAGCAUUCCUCCGCAAAAACCGCCAUUUCAAUAUCAUUGUCUACGAGCGUCGUGAUGCAGACUCUCAGGAGACUUCCGCAGCAUUCGGGCUUGGAGCUAACGGCAUCUCUAUUGUCAAACAGCUCGGAAUCGACAGGGAAGAGAUUCGCGGGGUGGUGGGAGCCGGGUACCGGACUUUCAACAUCCACGAGAAGGAGAUAAGCAAGUCCCGGGUUGAUUAUGGGCAGGAUGGAGAUAGUGGUUUGUGGCUCGUAUAUCGGCAGGAUCUCAAGGACGCUUUGUUGCGGAGAGUCACCAGUGGGGAUGGGGAUGGGGAGGCUAUCAAGAUAUUAUACGGCUGUCAUAUUGUGAACGUUGAUCCGGAGGCUGGUGUUGUUGAAUUUGCAGACGGAACCUCUGUCGAAGCCGAUCUAAUUAUCGGCGCGGACGGAAUUCGUUCAAAGGUCCGCGGAGCCGUCAUCCCGGCUUCGCACCCAGAGCCUGUCUCGUGCGGUCUUUCAAUGUAUCGAUUCGUCAUUCCAAUGGAUGUCGUUAUGAACACCGUCGCCACCCAUGGAAACAUUCCAGCUAUGUACAACUACGACGACGGAACUUUUAUAGCAGUUAUAGCCGCCGGAGAUGAAGGCAACCGUAAUGUAAUUAUGUAUCCCUGCCAGGGUCAUAAGCUGAUGAAUUGCGUCUGCGCGGUCCCGGACUCGAGUGUUAAGAACCCAGCUAAGCUUGAAUACUCCUGGAACGCUAAGGGGAGUGUGGAAGAACUAUUGGAAGAGAUCCAUGAUUUCCCCGAAUGGUUGAAACAGGUCUUUAGUCGCACCUCUCAAGUGGCGCUAUUCCAAGUCCGGGACCAAGAGCCUUUGCCUACGUAUUUCAAAGGCCGAGCCGUUUUGAUCGGCGAUGCUGCUCAUGCCAUGGUACCUUACCAAGCCCAAGGCGUCAACCAGGCUUUCGAGGACGUGGAGGGCCUCAAUGUUUUAUUUGCAAACACCUCCGACCGUAACAGCGUUCCCGGAAUCUUGCAAAUUUGGGAUAGCAUCCGCCGGCCACGGGCAUCGGAAAUUCAGACAGGUUCGCGGGCUUCUCAAGUUAAGCUUGCAACAAAAAGUGCAGGUGAUGCUAUUCUGUCGGUAAAGCCUUAUGUGGGUAUGAAAGAAGCUCUUGAGCAGCUGGAGACGUAA